AUGAAGUUCCAUCGCAAAAGGUUGGUAAUCAGCUCUCUUGAGGCGAGUGACGCGCUAUAUCUAACUAUUGAACAUAAAAGAUCAUCUGAUCUCGAGGAUGAGGACUCCCACAGCUCGAUUGUACACGAUUCGGUAGCGAGCCCCGGAUCGUGUCUUUCUAGGAUAUUGCCACGCCGCAUCCAGCGCAAAUUCAAAAAGCUCCAAGACAGCCAGCGAGAAUGGGCUACAGGAGUGUUGCUCUGUGCCUAUGGUACCUCCAUCAUACUGUUCAUAAAUGUAGUCUUGACGAUUACUGCUGCCAGCAUGUCAUAUUCUAAAUAUCAAAGCCAGGGGUACAAUUACUUGGCCCUGUAUCAAGGGAAUUGUUCCACUUCGAAAAACUUGGCCCGUGGUAUGCACGGGCUGAUUAACGUGCUUAGCACGCUCAUGCUGGCGGCGAGUAACUACUGCAUGCAAUGCUUGAGUGCCCCAUCUCGUCAGAGCAUCGAUGAAGCGCAUGCCCAACGGAAGUGGAUGCAUAUCGGGGUCCCCAGUUUGAAGAAUCUCCGAUCAAUUGGCCUAAAAAGUCAAAUAUUAUGGACAUUGCUAUGCAUUACUUCUGUGCCGAUCCAUGCAAUAUACAACUCCACUGUGUUUUCUACACUUGCUACCCGUGAAUAUGGCAUUUACGUUGCGUCUUCUGAUUUCGAUCCAAAUGGUCCGCCAAAAGGAAAUUUGGCUUAUCCAAACUGUUUCGAUGAACACGCAGCUGAGAAUAUGUCGGAUUUCUACUCAAAGAUACCGACAUUCGACAAACUUCCUAUAUCCAAGUGUCAAGAUGCCUAUGCGGUUGACUUCAAUCCAAACCGGGGAACCGUGAUCCUUGUGACCAACAGCCCGAAAGCGGGAAACACAUCACUACUCUACACAGGAACGGGGAAUUGGCCAGACCGGGUUGGUGAUCCCAAAAACUGGGGCUAUAGUUGGAUGUGUAGUGGUAGUGAUUGCUCCAGGGAAAUGCUGGAAGAGAACACAAAGUCCGCCCAUGGGAAAUGGUCUAUAUCCGCAGAACUAGACUACUCGCCAACAAGUCGGGUCGUCGAAUCCACUGUCAGCCACUGUUUGAGUGAAAAGGUGGACGAGAAAUGUCAGUUUCUUUUUAGCCUACCUCUCUGCCUCGCAGUCAUACUGUGCAAUAGUAUCAAAGUGUUGGCGAUGUUCUUGACAGCCCAUGGUAGUAGGAGGGAAGUACUCCUUACCAUUGGGGAUGCUAUGUCAUCAUUUCUCUCUAAUCCUGAUAAAACCACUGUGGGAAAUUGUUUGUUGUCAAAAUCGAGCAUUCAAGCUUCAGAGUCAUGGAAGCCGUCAUCUGUCAGUGCUCACAUUCUACAAAAAGGACGCCAAGCCACCCUUCCCAAGAGACAGAGAUGGGUAUACUCCGUGAGCCGCAGAGAUUGGAUACUUCUCAUCAUUAUAAUUACACUUGUUUUCUCGCUUUCUGGUUACCUUCUUGCUUCAACUAUUAUUGGACUAAGUGAUUCCAACAAGGAUUCCCUUCGGGGAAUUUGGAACCUAGGUUUCGGUACUGUCUCGCCGUCUGCCAUAAUGAGAACCAACAGCUACAGUACCUACUAUCGAUUUCUACCGACGGUUUUGCUCGCAAACGCCCCUCAGAUAAUCGUCUCAAUGGCUUAUUUCCUCUACAACAGUACACUAACGUCUAUGCUUAUUGCUACCGAGUAUGACGGCUAUGGCACGGACCGAAAGCCAUUACGCGUCUCCUGGCCCAAGGGACUACAGCGUUCGACCUACUACCUCAGUCUUCCUUACAGAUACAGCAUUUGUCUCCUGAGUGCCUCUGCAGCACUGCAUUGGCUGAUCUCUCAAAGCUUGUUUUUUGUGGCAAUCAUCCCACAUUCCAUAGACGGGACGCCCACACCGAACUCUGAAAGAGUGACAUGCGGAUUUUCUCCGCUUUCGAUCAUCUUCGCUAUGUCUCUAGGCGUCCUGAUGGUUGGUGCAAUCCUGGCCCUAGGAAUGAGACGAUUCAAGUCCAACAUCCCUCUUGCCGGCAGCUGCAGCGCUGCAAUCAGCGCUGCAUGUCAUCCUCUGUCCGAUGACGAGCAUGCACUGAGACCCAUUAUGUGGGGAGAGGUCCAAAUACCACGAGCCGAGCCUGCGAGCCUUCCCCUCGGCACAAAUGAGGAGACAGGCACCUCGGAGUCUGAACUAGACGCAAGAGGCCGUGAGGCUCGCAGAGACCAGUCGAUCCAAGAAAGCGGCGUGAGCCUGUUAGUCAGGGAUGAUAUGUCUGAUGACAGUGGGGCGUCCUACGGACACUGCAGUUUUACUUCCCACGAGGUCAUCACUCCCAGUCCGCUGCGUCGGUAUGCAUGA